UCGAGGAGGCCCGAGGGGCUGGACAGGAAGGAGGCCAGAAAGACCCUGCUGCCCGGAAGCGCCUCACGUCCCGUGGAGGCUGGGCAGACCCGCAGCUAGGAGCUGUGCCGGGCGUGCACAGGGCCACUCGCCGCAGCCACCGGGAGCCAUGCUCGCCGCCGCCCUCCUGACCCUGGCCCUGCUGGGCAGUGCCCAUGCCUGCUCCGGAGGGACCCCGURCCAGGCGGGCAUUGUGUGCCGCAUCACCAAGCCCGCCCUCCUGGUGUUGAACCAGGAGACGGCCAGGGUCAUCCAGACAGCCUUCCAGCGAGCCAGCUACCCGGACAUCACGGGCGAGAAGGCCAUGAUGCUCCUCGGUCGAGUCCACUAUGGUCUGCACAACAUCCAGAUCGGCCACCUGUCCAUGGCCAGCAGCCAGGUGGAGUUGGUGGAGGCCAGGUCCAUCGACAUCUCCAUCCAGAACGCAUCAGUGACCGUCCGGGGGACCCUGAGCUACGGUUACACAAGCGCCUGGGGGCUGAGCGUCAAUCGCUCCUCCACGGACCUCCAGAUCAGCACCCAGCUGACCUCUGACUCUGGCCGAGUGCGCACCAGUGCCCCCGACUGCCACCUGUCUUUCCAUAAGCUGCUCCUGCACCUCCAAGGGGAACAUAAGCCCAGCUGGAUCCAGCAGCUGUUCACAAACGUCAUCUCCUUUACCCUGAGGCUGGUCCUGAAGGGGCAGAUCUGCAAAGAGAUCAACUCCAUCUCCAACAUCAUGGCCGACUUUGUCCAGACAAGGGCCGCCAGCAUCCUGUCCUCUGGAGACAUCCGGGUGGACAUCUCCCUGACGGGACCCCCUGACAUCACWGCAGCCCACCUGGAGUCACACCACAAGGGUCAUUUCAUCUACAAGAACGUCUCCGAGGACCUCCCGCUGCCCACCUUCUCGCCCAGCCUCCUGGGGGACGCCCGCAUGCUCUACUUCUGGUUCUCGGAGCAAGUCCUCGACUCCCUGGCCAGGGCCGCCUUCCAGGAUGGCCGCCUCAGGCUCAGCCUGACCGGGGAGGAGUUCAAGGCAGUGCUGGAGACCCACGGCUUCAACACCAACCAGGACAUGUUUCUGGAGCUAUUCGGCAAUAUCCCCACCCACCAGACCCAAGUGAUCGUCUACUGCCCCAAGAGGCCCAAGAUCGCUUGUCAGAACAAGGGCGUCGUGGUCACCUCCUCCGUGGUGGUGAAAUUCCUCUUCCCCCACCCGGAUGGCCAAAGUGCUGUGGCUCACACGUUUGAAGAGGACAUCGUCACCACCAUCCAGGCCUCCUAUGCCAAGAAGAAGCUGUCCUUGCACCUCCUGGAUCUCCAGACUCAACCCAAGUCUACUUCAGGCACCGAUGAGAGCAAGUUCAAGUCCGUCCAGAACUCCCUGUGGUCGAUGGUCUCCACCGUGGGCAUCCCUGAGGUCAUGACUCGGCUCGAGGUGGCGUUUACGGCCCUCAUGAACAGCAAGGGCCUGGACCUCUUCGACAUCAUCAACCCCGAGAUCAUCUCUCGUGAUGGCUUUCUGCUGCUGCAAAUGGACUUUGGCUUCCCGGAGCACCUGCUGGUGGACUUCCUGCAGAGCCUGGGCUAGGGAUCCUGGAGCUGCCUGGGUCUCCAACCAGGAGGCCCCGACCAGGCUCACAGCUGAACCCAGCCUCUCUGUCCAUCCGCAUGGAGUCAGGGUGCACGUAGGGAGAUGGAGGCCUGAUGGCAUUAAAAUUUUGUG